UUCUGCAGAUCUGUAGAGAGGACCCAGCGGAGCGGCUGAGGUUGGAUUUAGGGAUUUGUCCCCCUGUGAGAGCCUCAGAUAGAGAGAAGACAGGAGAGAAGAGACAGCCGGAGCCUGCACCGAUAAGACCACUUCCUGUAGCCAUGCACGCCACUUGUCUUCUCCUCCUCUGUGUCCAGGGAAUUUUGGCUCAGCAGUUUGAAGCCAACCCCCCCCAGUACGACGGACCCACAGAGGCUCCUUAUUACUACGAUUAUGAUGAUCAGUCUGUGGUGCAGCAGCAACCGAACCAUCACGUCCAGACCGGAUUCCAUGUCCUGACCCAACCGGAUCACCAGCAGAUCCUGGACCAGUUCGAGUUCGUCCCUCAGCAGCAGCAGCAGACCCAGCAGGAGAUCAUCCCGGUGCCCACGUUCGAUACUUAUCAGACUGAACCAACAGAACCCGGACCCCUGGAUUGUCGUGAAGAGCAGUAUCCCUGCACCCGACUCUACUCUGUCCACAAACCCUGUAAACAAUGUAUCAACGGGAUCUGUAUACACAGCCUCAAGCGCAUGUACGUGAUCAACAAAGAGAUCUGCGUCCGCACGGUGUGCGCCCACGAGGAGCUGCUGAGAGCUGACCUGUGCCGGGACAAGUUCUCCCGCUGCGGGGUGAUGGCGUCCAGCGGAAUGUGUAACUCGGUGGGAGCUCAGUGCACCAGGAGUUGCGGAGGCUGUUAGAAGAGGAUUUGCCCCCAUGAGAAGAAGCAACCCGCCACCAGAGGGCGCCCUGAGCCGCAGUCAGUGUGAUUACUGGAUGGGGUGGGAGGUGCUCGUAUUAUAUCCCCCUAUAUGUUACUGUAUUAUACUGUAUGUGCCGCGGUCGGGGCACUAUGAUAACCAGCCCAGCGCACUGCACUGCUCCGCCAUAUUCCCGUAGACUCUGCUCGGGACCGGAGGGGUCUGCGGCUCCGGUUACAUUGUGGUCAGGAGCGCAGCGGGUCCAGAGGAGCCCCGGUCAUCGUACUGUAUGAUCUCCUUCCUCACUGCUCAGUCUCCCCCUCCCCAUCCUCCCGACAUUAUGGGACAAGUGGAAUCAUCGGUUUUUUGUAAUGUGUUUUGUAUAAAAGAGAAAUAAAGUGCAGAAUUUUACCCAUU